AUGAUACGUUCAGUUUGUAAUGGAGUGAUUAAAUACCAGUAUUAUUGUUCAACAGACCACUUGCAGUUACGUCUCACCGGUGGUGGAGAUACAUGUGCCGGGCGACUGGAGAUUUAUUACCUUGGGUCUUGGGGCACGGUUUGUGAUGACUCCUGGGAUCUGGUUGACGCUCACGUGGUCUGCAGGCAACUGGGUUGCGGAUAUGCUUUGCAAGAUAAACUUCCUGGUUACUGUGGACGAAGUUCUGGCCCAGUUUGGUUAGAUGAAGUGAGAUGUUCAGGUAACGAAUCUUGUCUCUGGGAAUGCCCCUCAGCGCCUUGGGGUGAACACGACUGCAGUCAUAAAGAAGAUGUAACAGUGAUGUGUUCUGAGCACAAAGAGAUGCGCCUGGUGAACGGAGAGAGCCGAUGUGAAGGGAGAGUGGAAGUUUUGUACAAUGGGACCUGGGGAACAGUGUGUUCCGAGAAGCUGGAUGAAAAAUCUGCAGAGGUGAUCUGUAAACAAGUGAAAUGCGGACACAUAAAAUUUAUUUAUCCUGGCUCCCGUGAAUUUGGAAAGGGAGUUGGGCCUAUAUGGCUGGAUGAGAUGGAAUGCUUUUCGCACGAGUCGACUCUUUGGCAGUGUCAUUCAAAUCCUUGGGGAAAACACAACUGUGACCACACGGAGGAUGCGGGUGUUGUAUGUGAAGAUCUGGUCCUUGAUGAUCUUGACGGUACUGUAAGUAAAACCAUUGAUUCCUCGGACGGUCCGUUUGUGAUAGACGGUGGCACAAAUGAUAUUUUGAUGUUCAAGACGAUUGUCGACGCUGCUGUCGACAAUGGUGGUGAGUUUAUUCUCUUCACUGAGCUCAGUAACCAGAACUCUGUGUAG